UUAGCUGGAGUUUUCCUCCCGGAACUGGAGAAACAGGACGGUGUAGAUGACCUCCUCGCCCCCGCAUGGAGCCCAGGAGACCCCGGGGGUGCGCCGGGCGCUCUCCGCGCGGGGUGGGGUGUGGGCCACCCUUGGAUCCCGGCACCCCGAAUCCCGCGCUGGCGGGGACUGAUAGGGACCUGUCACCACCAGGUGGGGACUUGAGGUCGCAGACAGGAGGGAAUCUGGAUUGCCAAUCGUGGGUCAGAGAGAAAGUGCUCUUUCUUCUGCAUCCCGAGAGGUGGCUGGGAGCACAAGCGGACCCUGCUUACGCAGAGCUAGUGGACCUUCCCCCGACGGUCGGAGACCACCGCGACUCCGAGCCCGAAAGCAAGCUUUUCCGCAAGCGCAUUGCCACUGCCCCCGGAGCUCAGUCCCAGGACCCUGAAGCCACACCCAGGUCUUUGUUGGUGCGGGUCGUGGAUUACCAGGUGACGCAGGAGGUGCUGCGGACCGCGUGGACCAAGGGGCUUAUGACCACCAGGACGGAGGAGCGCUCCGUGACCGCAGUCACCUUUCGUACUCCGAGGGAGUGACACAGCUUGUGGGGCAUCUGGACCCCAGCCAAACCUGGACGUACCCCACGUCGCCGAGGGAGGAUAGUUUAUCGCCCCAGUGAUCUGAUUCUCGGAAGAGAUUAAACACAGAGAUCUCUGGAGGCCAAGGAAUGUUCCAGGGCUGAGGAUGCGAGAAAAAUGCUUGAAGAACCAAUUCUAAGCAGCCUUAGACUUCCCCUAUGGUUUAAGCGUCUCACAAUCACUAAAAAGAAGAAACGAUAUUUUUAUAUUGACGGCUUGUGGGAAUUUGAAAGCGCAAAACCUUAGUCAGUUCACCUGUUGGCGUCCUUUGCAAUUAACUCGCAUUGGUUGUCUACAUUUCUCUUUCCUGUUGAACAGCCAAAAGCAGAGGAAAAAUUUGAGGUGAAGAAUGUUUUGGCCUUGCACAAGCUUUGAGGGAAGAGCAUCUGGACUUGUCCUCAGUACCAAGACUCUCUCAGGAUGACCAAGUCUUAGUUCUUUGACUUAACCUUUAUCUCGCAGAAAAACAAGUUCAUCUAACAUUGUGUUUCUAAGAUCAAUUUUGUCAAAGGUUCCCAGAGGUCCAUCUGGGCACAAAUGACUGGAACAAAUGUUAAGGUCACAUAACCACCAUGGGUCAGCCAACUCUUUACCUCUUUUUUUUUUUUUUUUUAAUAUGUGCUUCUUAAUUGUUUUGAGGCAAUGUCUCAUUGUGUAUCCCAGGCUUACUAUGGACUUGGUGUCUAGCCUGUGAUAAUUGAACUGGAGAUCUUUCCACCCCAGCCUUCCACAUACUGAGAUGACAGUGUGUGCCAGAAUGCCUGACCACCACUUCCCUUUAAUCCUUUAUCCACAACUGCUAUUCCCCGUGAUAUUUGUUACACUUGACUUGCUGUUGUAUAGAGGUACCACACUAUCUCUUGCUAUUAAAACUCACUGUGACUUUUUUUUCUAAGAUUCUUUUAAUUUUAAAUUAAUUUGUGAAUGAGUGUCUGCCUAUAUGUACACAAUGUAUAUUUGCCUACAGAGAACAAAACAAGAUAUUAAAAUCCGUAAAGUUGGA